AGCUGAACGCUCAAAAGCGACCUUAACAAUUACAUGUGAAUGACAUGGAAAUGCUGCGCAUUCAAAGGCUUUCAGACUAAAACACUAUGCCACGAGCUUUAAGAGAGGAGUGGGUGUUAAUAGGUUUCAUUAGGCUGCUUGUCCAGAGACAGAGAAAACUGGAGACGGGGGGAGAGUGAGUGAAGAGUGAGUUAUUUAAAGACGCCUCCUUCCAGUGGAAGGCGAGAGGGUGCUGCUCUUUUACUACCACACGUCCGGCACACAGAAAGGCCGGUCGACAGCCACGAAGACGGAUGAAUGAUGCAGAGCCUUCAGCACAGAGGGAAAUGAGAUCAGAUGUUGACAGCUAGAUGGACAGGUCCCUGGCCUAGAAUCCAGAUGUGCUUCACAUCUACUAUGGCACACUCUGUAAAUGCACACUCACCUACAGUACAGUACGCUGCUGCAUGUGCAGAUUCACCCCCCUCUUUUUUUUUUUUUUUUUUCUAAAGCUCCAUUCUGAGCGUAGUAUAUUAUGACUGAGUUUAGCAUAAUAUGUGCAGUACAGCAGGUUGCCUGAGAUAAACGCUUCCCGAGCAGUAAUCUUCCUGAAGACCUGAAGUCUCCUGUGUCAGCCUCCAUGCUAAAACUCUGCAACGCGUGUUUCAUAAUUCAUAACACAGACACAGCAUUUAAAUUGGGUUUAAAGUGCUGAAGCACGGGGGGUUAUAUUAGACUGUUUUAUGGAUUUUUCAAACUCCUCGUGCUUUCGUUUAUUCCAUUCUGCGGCUGUCGCUGCGAUCGCGCUGCAUUGCAUUUUUUUUUUCUUUUUUGCCAAAGUCAAAUAGAUGCCGCAUGUGUUUCUAUAAACGCAAAGCGGGGUUUGUCAUGGGAGAGAAAUCCGAGGCGACCACCAGCCCGAGGCCACUGUCCCCUCCACCCUCCAGCGAAGAGGAGAGGACAGUCGGUAGGUGGCAGUCGUGUCACAUUUGCAGAGAACCCACACACGCGGGAGGAAUCUCAUCCUCCCUCUCCUCUCGUCUCCCGCGUCCAUGUAGACCUCUAUCUCUCCUCCGCGCGCGCGUGCACGCGCUUAGACAAAAAUUUCUAUUAGCUCUCCCCUCAUUAAAACUGACUAAUGGACGGAAAUGAUGGGCGAGAACAAUCAGUGGUUUAACGCCGUGCCCUCCGCGUGGAGAGGCGACGGGGAAAUGUUAGGAAGCAGGGGAAAGUUCAACAUGAGCCGCGCGACGGCUGGAGGAGAGGGAAGAGCGUGUUUCCUGCUCUCGCUGCUUCAGUCCCGCUGUUGACGGCGGCGUAGCGGUCUCAAUUGGAGAGAACGGCUUGUCAGUGGGAGGUAACCUACAUGAUGUUUCCCUCGUGCGCUUAUCAAUUCAGCGUCCAUCCGCGCUGCGCCCCGCGUUUUACUCGGGCAGAGCGCGCCGUGCCUCAGUGAGGCGCGCGUGGAUGCGGACUGCGUGCGCGUAUUGGAAACGGAGUCAUUCGUGAUCACGUUUGAAGCAACUUGAAAAGCACGGUCCGGUCCGAGAACGGAGGGGAACGCGGGCUUGGACGCCAUUCACUUUGUGGAUAAUCACCCUCGAGCAACACGAUGGAUGGGCGACGCUCGAAUCACCGAAACGCACGCGUAGAUGGAGCGAGGGCAGAGAAGUGAUGACUGCCUUUGGUGAACUAUAACUCCCUCCCUGCUUGGAAAACAUGUAAAAGCUGAGCUUGGGUGUUACGCUCGAAGCCGCUGACUUAAUUUCUGAUGGGCUUUUAAAGGGCUUCUUGAGGAUAACUGCUGGAUUUUCUUUGCCUGUCGAUGUUGCGUCCCCGAUCAACGCGCCUUUUUCUUCCCGAAAAUGGAGAACGGAGCCUCCUGAUGAGAGAGAUCACCAGAUCCUCGUAAAUCUGGCCAACUUCAGAAAUGAUCUCCUGUGUAGGAUUUAUGUUAAGUCAUUGAACUUCUUUCGUCGACGUAACGGGGAGAAAAGGUAGAUCUAAGCGUCUUGACAUCCGCACUGGGUUGUGAGGUGAAAUCUAAUCAGAUCCAACGGGGCAGAUGAAUACGAAGUAAGAGGGAUCUGAAUAAAAGUUUGAAUUCGAGACAUUGAAAUAAGCCCACGUCUGCCCCUCGGUGCAUGGUCUGCCGUAGGAUGGGAUGUAUCUCUCUGGAAAUUGAUUAUAUGCACUUCAAUUAAAACGUCGCGGAGAGGUUACGUUUUAAGCAUUCCGUUUAGAUUUGAGCUACAGUCAAAAUCAGCCUCACUUCACAUCCGCAAAACUCAUCAAAUGGAGAAAACCCGGGAGCGCAGUGGGCAGCGCUUCGCAUCGGGAGAGUAGUUUCGACAAUGGCACUUGUGGUGUACGCGUCCUGAAGAAAAAGAGAAAGUAUUUGGAUGCAUUCUCGUCGCCAUGAAGAGCACGCCACCCAGACUGAUGUGUGGAUUACAUACCAAGUCGUUUUGAGAGCGGGGACACAAUGUGUCUAACAAAAACGCAUCAGCGCGGAUUCUGCGAAAUCGCCAGAGAAUUGCGGAUUUUUUUCGAUGCAGUUUUUGGGGAGGGAGCCGAAGAAGGACCGUUCUCCGUCUGAAGCAGAGACUGCGCGGACCUCGACGUCUUGGUGAAAAAGGUCAGGAUUACAGCAGACUGGAAGUCAACAUGAUGAUGUCCAGGACUCCUUGGAACUGGGAUUGAUUUGGCAGUUGCCCGAGAGUGGGAGCCCAGUCACUGAAUUAUGAAUGUUAAACAAGAUGACCUCCUCUCAGCAGCAGCAGAUGAUGAGAGGUCCUAGGUGGAACCGGGCCCUGUCCGACCCUUUGUUCGUGCUGCUCCUGGCUCUCCAGCUGCUGGUGGUGGCGGGGCUGGUGCGCGCCCAGACGUGCCCCUCCGUCUGCUCCUGCAGCAACCAGUUCAGCAAGGUCAUCUGCACCCGCCGGGGCCUGCGGGAGGUGCCCGAUGGCAUCUCGACCAACACGCGCUACCUGAACCUGCAGGAGAACCUCAUCCAGGUCAUAAAGGUGGACAGCUUCAAGCACCUGAGGCACCUAGAGAUCCUGCAGCUGAGCAAAAACCACAUACGCAAGAUCGAGCUGGGCGCCUUCAACGGACUGGCCAGCCUCAAUACCUUGGAGCUCUUUGAUAAUCGCCUCACCACCAUCCCGAACGGGGCGUUUGAGUACCUGUCCAAACUAAAGGAGCUUUGGCUGAGGAAUAACCCCAUAGAGAGCAUUCCCUCCUAUGCUUUCAACAGAGUGCCCUCAUUACGACGGCUGGACCUCGGGGAGCUCAAGCGGCUCUCCUACAUAUCUGAGGGGGCCUUUGAAGGGCUGAGCAAUCUGCGCUACUUAAACCUGGGAAUGUGCAAUCUGAAGGAAAUUCCCAAUCUCAUUCCCCUGGUGAAGCUGGACGAACUAGAGAUGUCAGGGAACCAGCUGUCCGUCAUCCGCCCCGGCUCCUUUAAAGGGCUCAUCCACCUGCAGAAGCUGUGGAUGAUGCACGCCCAGAUCCAGACCAUCGAGAGGAACUCCUUCGAUGACCUGCAGUCGCUGGUGGAGCUCAACCUGGCCCACAACAACCUCACCCUCCUCCCCCACGACCUCUUCACUCCCCUGCAUCACCUGGAGAGGGUGCACUUGCACCACAACCCGUGGAACUGUAACUGUGACAUCCUGUGGCUGAGCUGGUGGCUCAAGGAGAUGGUGCCCGCCAACACCAGCUGCUGCGCCCGCUGCAGCUCGCCAACCCAGCACAAGGGCCGCUACAUCGGCGAGCUGGACCAGAACCAUUUCCACUGUUACGCUCCCGUUAUUGUGGAGCCGCCCGCGGACCUGAACGUGACGGAGGGCAGCGCCGCCGAGCUGAAAUGCCGCGCCAGCUCGUUGACCUCGGUGAGCUGGAUCACCCCCAACGGCUCCAUCAUGACGCACGGCGCCUACAAGGUCCGGAUCUCCGUGCUGAACGACGGCACCCUGAACUUCACCAACGUCACAAUGCAGGACACGGGCACGUACACGUGCAUGGUUAGCAACUCCGCGGGUAACACCACGGCCUCGGCCACGCUCAACGUGUCGUCGACGGAGAACAGCAGCUUCAGCUACUUCACCACGGUGACGGUGGAGACCAUCGAGACGCCGCAUAACGAAGUGUUCACCACCACAGUGCACCAGAGGGUGGGCCCCACCUCCUCGGCGGGCACCUGGGAGUUCAUCUCGCCCACCUCCACCACCACCACCACCACCACGGCCCGGACGCCGCUCUCCACCCGCGCCACCGAGAAGACGUACACCAUCCCCGUCACGGAGCUGGGCGAGGGCUCGCUGAACGGCCUGGACGAGGUGAUGAAGACCACCAAGAUCAUCAUCGGCUGCUUCGUGGCCAUCACGCUCAUGGCGGCCGUCAUGCUCAUCAUCUUCUACAAGAUGCGCAAGCAGCACCACCAGCAGAACCACCACGCGCCCACGCGCACCAUCGAGAUCAUCAACGUGGACGAGGACUGCGUGACGGGCGGCGCCGGCAUGGAGGGCCACCUGACGCUGCCGCCGCUGGAGCACGAGCACCUCAACCACUACAACACCUAUAAGACUGCGUACAACCACGCCUCCACCAUCAACUCCAUACACAGCUCGGCGCACGAACCUUUGUUAAUCCGGGCCAGCUCGAAAGACAAUGUACAAGAGACUCAAAUCUAAUACUUUUUUUUUUUUUUUUCAAAAUAAGACGUUUGCUAAAGCGAGGGAGCUCCGCGAGGACGCGACUUCACAGGAAACUCCCGACGAGCGCUUGUGAAGACUGCAGCUCAAGCACGGAGACACAGACUCGUGUUUGGCGAAUCAGUGGCUGAUGAUGUUUAUUCAAUGACUUUGGGAAUUAGGGUACGUCUACUGUUUCAGAAGUGUCUUUACAAAACAGAAGUUAUUUAUUUAAGAAAAAACGCUAUUGUGGUUAAAUCAACAAAAAACUGUAUUCUGCAAUUAUUUUUUCAGCACUUAAUUCAUGUCUUUUUUUUUUUCCUUCCGCUCAUUUCAUGGAAUUGGUUUACUAAUAUGCUUUCAAACCCUGUUUGAAGACAUCCGUCGAAGAAAAACUGAUCACAAAUUAGCUUCUUGUUUUCUUUUUGUCAACCGCUGACUUGGGAUCAGAUGAGAUGGUGACCUCAUUUCUCAUGUCUCCCAUGUAUCACAGGAAUGUAGAGCACACUAGUGAAUUACUCCAGCUGUGGAUUAAGUGAUGAAAUCUUUUGUGACCAUCUGUAACCGAGAUGAAUUAAACCAAUUGUUCAUUAUUUUACAGUGAGACACAGAACUUGUCAGCGAUGAAAUUUGAUCACAAGUCACUGUUUAAUUCCACCUGUCACACGCUAUUAUCGCUAGCGCGGCGCUGCUGUCUUUCCAGUAGACCAGGGAUCCCAAACGAGGCAAACGUGACCCGCGUGUGCUGUUUGGAAAAGUACAUUUAAAUUCUGUUCAACUAGGGAAACAAAUUUAUGUUUGUCUUUGUGUUUCUAAUGUAUAUGCAAAUUAAUUCUUAUUAAUUAUAUCCCCAAUUACCACUUAUCUUAAGAUCUCAGCUCCUCAGAGUCUUCUGAUUAUUUUAACGAAAAUCACUCAUUUAGGUGUUCAACUAUUCUAUUUCCACUGUCUUGGCUGAUCACUUGCUUUGAUAGUAGCACUAGCACUGAUGGCUAUAUAAAUUACUAAUAAUAAUACUGAAUCCAGUUCUUCCCAACGUCGGCUCCCAGGUUUGAACCGUUAUUCCUCGUUAUUCCUGCGACUUCUUCACAGCCGCCUUGGUUUUGCUGCGAUGCCUCAUCUGCAGUAGAGCAGAAGGGAGCGCUGUCGGAGGCAGACGUGAACCUGAGGAACGAGCGCGAAGCCCGUUCUACAGCUGCGCCGACACGUUGCCCGUCGUCCACGCGGGCGGCGCCCAGGUUCACCCUGGCCAGACACACGACUUGGCUCUGAGAAGCAGGGCUCGCGGGCCAACGCGUAGGAUCAGCCGUCAAGCAGAUGUUUGGGUUGCACCUGUCUUUCUCCAUCUCACUUGGACACGAUUUGAUGCCAGACACCAGAGAUACAGAGGUCAGGCAGGGAAAUGUGCCAAAUGCUCUUGGUUUGCUCUCAGAACCUACAUGCUCGGUUUAGCCAUGUUUUUACAUGAAAGGAGGAUUAUAUGAAGAAAAGUGGCUCGUGAACAUCACUGUUCAUCCAAGUCUUCGCCACACACACUGACCUAAACGCUUGAAGUCAGUCAGAGAGGAUUCCAGUGGGGGAAGAAGAAGAUCAGCUCAUCCAUCCAUCAUUAACUUCACAACCUGCUCCUGCUGCACGUCAUCUGCUGCUGAGUUACGUAGUUUUUAACAUUUUACGUGCCCUGCAUCCAUCUAAGCAACGCUCCAAGUAUCUCACAUCCUUCAAACCACCCUUAACAUACAACCUAUAAUUACCUAAAUAAAGUGUGGGGCAUCAAAUGCUGUUCACAGAUGAAUACGUAUGAGGAAAUAUUCACAAAAAUAUCACCAGGUCCAACAUCUAAAAAAUGGAGAAGGAAACAAUUUGAACUAAUAACCUGAGGAUAAAACAAAGCGCUACUCACACCUGACAAAUAACACAACAGCGUUAUCAAUUAUACUUAUAAUCUAUCAAGCAGGCAGCCUUUAAUAAAGGUACUGUAGUGCUUUUAAAUGGUAUUAAACCCAAUGCAAUGCGUGAUACUAUUCAUAAAAUAGCAUCAUUGUUUCAUUACAUAUGUUCAGUCAACUUUUCUUAAAAUAAUCUGAGGCUUUGAAGUGCAAAUAAAAUUCAUAGACUGCGUCUCUCUAUGGAGAUGUGCUGUAGUUAGGAUUGUCUAAAUAAGCAAAAUUAUUCUGGAGAUUCAUUCAGAAAAUGUGAGUAAACACUAUGAUUUAUUGUUUGUUCAUGUCGAACGUGCGACACGCGAGACCAACGUGGAGGAGAGCGUGCUGAACAAAGUCAUGGGGCUCUUUGGCCACCGCUACGCCGCCAACACGCCGCCACACCUGCACUUCUGUGGCGUCUGAGUUCCUAGUGGUGGGAUGUGGACAGUUCUGCUCAGCCGACACGCGCAGGUGUGACCAUGUUCCCUUUUCUGCCUUAGUUGGAGGUAAAUCGUCUGAAAAUUUAAAUGGUAAUUUUAUCACAUUUUAGUCAAGCUGUCUCAUGUAUGUAAGAUAUCUAAAUAUUUUUUGGUCAAUAUUUGUUUUCCUUUUUUUUUUUUUUUUUUACAUUUUUUAAUUUUUUUUUCUGAGAGGGAAUGCUGUUCUAGUGGUAGAUUUAUAUAACGAUAAAUUUUGAGAAUAAAACAAAAACAGAUUUUUAAAUUUUGAUUUUACAUGUGCCAACAACCUGAAAAAGAGAAACACGCUGUAAAAGAAUACGAUUGAUUUUCAUGUGAGCAUUCUUUCAUGACCUUUAAAAGAUAUGGAGAUCAAUUAUAGAGACCAGAGUUUGUAGUUCAUACAAAAUAUGGUUCAAAUAAACUAUUGUUGUUUUUCUGUA